AAGUGUGAAUUAAAGUCUCCCCUGAGCCUAAUCUCUCACCAAGGCCAGGCUUUUAUUUUACCUCAGCAAGUUACAGCUCAGCAAAUGCAACAACUUCUCCAGCAACCCAGUGUCAUGUCUACUCACCAACUUCAACAACUCCUGCAACUCCAGCAGCAGACAUUUAUCCAACAACAACAGGAAUUACAGAAGCAGGCGCAGAUCCUCCAACAGAUGCAGACAGCCGCCGCUGGAGAAGGCAAGACCAAUAAGCUCCAGCAACAGCAACAGCACCACCUCCAAGCUCUGGCCAUGCAGCAACACCUGAUGUCUCAGACUGGACAGCUUCUCUUACCACAAUCUAAUCAGGCCCUCCAUCUCUCUCAUUUAGGACAAGCAAUGAGUGCAGCCGAAGUCCAAGCACUGUGGAAGGAGGUGUCAGCAAAUGUUGUUGACGAGAAGGCAAGUUCCGUAUCAACAGGGGCAAGUUCAUCGGGAUCGUCAGUGGUCACACAAUCUAGGCCCGUUGUAAAAGGCAUCCCAGAGGGCGCUCUAAUGCAUCCUGCUGGCUUCUUGGUUGCUCCUCCACAAAUGCAUCCACAGGGAAUGAUAAUUCCAGGAGAGGAGAGUGCAAUAGGCUCCACAAUACAUCCACUGUAUGGGCAUGGGAUGUGCAAAUGGCCUGGAUGUGAGACUAGUUGUGAUGAUUUCCCUAGCUUCCUAAAACACAUUAACAAUGAGCAUGCUCUCGACGACCGGAGUACGGCGCAGGCUCGUGUUCAGAUGCAAGUAGUGAACCAAUUGGAAAUUCAACUGGCCAAAGAACGUGAACGGCUAGCGGCCAUGAUGGCACAUCUGCAUAUGAAACCUCCAGAGCCGAAGACAUCUGUAACUUCAUCUGCAAGCCCUCCAGCUGCCAAAUCUGUCAUUGUUCAAUCACCAACUGUCGUCCAGUCACCCCCUGCUCAUCUUCCCCCUCCUCCAGCUCCACAACAUAUACCACCACCCCAAACAUUACAAAUUAUUUCCUCUAGUCCAAACAUGCCCUCUCCACAUUCUCAUCCUCCUCCACCUGCUAGCCCUAUCCAUACCUCAAUUAGUUCCGGCCCUAUUCGAAGGCGUAUGAGUGAAAAAUAUGGAAUAACAUUGGAUUCUGGCCUGACGCUAGGCCUCCAUAACUUACCAGCUGAGCACCAUCAAAUUCAGAAAAAUUGUGAAUUCUACCGAAAUGCAGACGUGCGGCCACCUUUUACAUACGCAGCUCUGAUUCGCCAAGCAAUUGUGGAAUCGCCUGUAAGGCAACUAACCCUCAAUGAAAUUUACAAUUGGUUUACAAGAACGUUUGCGUACUUUAGAAGAAAUGCUGCUACAUGGAAGAAUGCAGUACGCCAUAAUCUUAGUCUUCAUAAGUGUUUUGUCCGUGUCGAAAACGUGAAGGGAGCGGUUUGGACAGUCGAUGAAUUAGAAUUCAUGAAGAGAAGGCCGCAAAAACUUCAAAUAUCAGGGAGUUUAAGUGCCCCUACCACACCCACCACACCUUCCUCUCCGUUACUGCAUAGGAAUCCCAUUCCACUCAUCAAGAACGAUAUGGUUGAUUUACACCACAGCAUGUACCCGAUGAAGGAAAUAAAACAUGAAUUACCAUUGACUCCAGGAUCAUGUCCCCAAUAUCCGUCCUUUGCUCUCAAGUCACCUGGACACCUAGCCCACGGCAGAGACAAUUCCGUCAUCCAACUUUGUGAGGAUGCUCGCAUGCGCAGCGAACUCACCUCUGAAACAGAGUCAUCGGAAUUGCCUCUGCAACCGCGGAACUUAAACAAAGAUGAGGAGAUGAUGGGAAACGAUGUGGAAAAAGAGUCGGAAGAAGUCGAGCAAAGUUAUAUUGAUAAAACAGAUGAAACAAACCUUGGUAACGGAGAAAUAAUUGAUGAAGAUCCACCAACGCCAACCACCAUCGAAGCCAAGUUUUCCCAGGAAGAGGUCAUGAUAGAUAGCGAAGAUGGCCUCGAUGGACCUCCGACUCAGGUCAAAAUAAUGUCAAAGUUCACAAGCGAGGGAGAAGAGCUCGAGGACAGGUCACCUGUUGACACGAUAUUAGAAAAGUUUAGUAACGACACAAAAAUUGAGGAAUCGUCCGACAAUAUGCAGAUUGAAGAACCGAUGGAAGAGGAAGUGGUUGAGGAGGAUGGCUUUGAAGAACCACCUACGCAGGUCAGAUUCAUGUCAAAGUUCACAAGUCAAGAGGUCGUCGAGGUGCAAAAUGAAGAGGAGCAUGUGUCUGUCUUCCCACCAUUAAAUGGUCAUAUGAUUGAGAAUGAAAGCUUGGACCAUGUGCAGGAGUCGAUGAUUGAAAAUCAUGUCACUCAAUCAGUCUGAUCAAUGCUGAAGAUUUAUAAAAUUGCUGAGACUCAAAUUAGACAGCGAGUUAUGUAAAUCCUGAAAUGCACAUGGUUUGUUGUUAUGGACAGAGGAGUUCUGGUUCCAUAGUUUCUUAGAUGUGCUAGAUGCUCUUCAUAGAGAGGGCGCCAUGCAGCUGGUUGGACUCUAGUAUAUGCAAGAGGUUUGGUGAUGUUCCUCAGGCGUGAUACACCCGAUCUUUCCCUCCCAUUUCUACCUAACAGUAUACUGCUAUCAAUUUGUACAAUACCUUGUGCUGUAAUAAUACUAAUAUUGAAAAAAAAAACUGUUCAGAGCUGAUGAAACAGUCAUGAUUUAACACGUUCGUUGCUAUGCGGUAUCAAAAAGGUAUUCACCACCAAAUAUACACAUUCUCAGUUGCGUGUAAAACAGAACAAACAUUUUUAAUUUAUUUUUUUGAUUAUUAUGUACCUUCCUGAGCUGCCAUUGGUAUGUUAGUGCAAUUAAGGCAGUACCACUAGUGUCAUAAUAAUAUAAAUGUAU